AUGAAAAAUGUCUGUCGAUUUGCAUUAUGUAACGAUAUUGAGACAAAUCCUGGACCGGCCAUAUUCUAUAUUGAUCCUAGCAAGACAGUAAGUGCGCCUUAUAGUCAGGGUAAUCAAAUUAUAUUUGGCGAAACAGCAGGGCAACAAUGUUUGGCCAUGUGUUUGUGUGCUCUUAUAUACAGCAAAAGACAGGAGAUAAGUUCACCGCAAGACCUCAUUCAAGUAAUGAAUAUUGGCAAUGAACUGUACUCAAAAUUGUCACAUUUAGCAAGACAAUCAUGUCUAAUGUUUAGUGAGUUACCUUCUUAUCUCACUGUAUUUGACACAGAUUAUCUUCUUACAUACAGUGAAAGCUAUAGCGGUACAGUAAUUGGAGAUUGCUACAUUGAAGGGUAUCAAUACUGUGUACCAUUUCAUAGAGCAUUUGAAUUGCUAUUCACUGAAGGCUAUACUGCAUUUAUAUUAACAAUUGACUCCAAUGCUGUUUGCGUAUACUCAAGCAUUGAGGGCAAAUUAAAAAUUUUUGAUUCGCAUUCAAGAGAUAAAUAUGGCAGAAGUCACCCACUAGGUACAUGUGUAUUGUUAGAAGCAGAAACUAUCAACAAUGUUAUUCAGCAUUUUCAAUCUUUAUGUAGUGAAAAUAGUCAAUUUGAGCUGAAAGCAGUAGUUAUUGAAGAACUAGAACAAGUCAAUGCCAGUGCCAGUGUUGAAAUGAACGUAACAGACAGUAUUGGAAGUAUGGAUCUAUUGGAUAGUUUCUCACAAGAAAGUCAAAUUACUGACAGCUCUUACCUGUGUAAACAAUGCUCAGCAAUUUCACUAUAUUCAAUUUGUUACUCUAUUAUUAAACCAAGUAAUUACUGGGAUUCAAAAACAGUAGCUGCAGUUGUUUAUUUUGGCACUGCUUUGUAUAACAACACUGGUACAAAUACAUCGAGUGAUCUACCUAAAGAAAUUGAAAUAUGUGGAACUGAAGUACAUGUUAAGUUACAAGCUAAUUAUCAAGGAAAAGUGAAUGUAGAGACAGAAAGACAAAAGAUCAUGGAAUGUCUUAUAUGCCAUAAGGAUGCAAUCACAGGUUUUUUAAUUUGGCUUGGAGGAUAUUGUAUGUCUUGCAUUUUUCAAGAAACAUCAAAGAACAAAUCGUACUCAAUAUUAGCAUACGAUGACAAUAAUACCUCACCAACUGCAGCUGCGCACUUUGUGAAGAAUAUAGAUGAUAAGGAAACUCUAGUUGAUGUUAUCUUUAACUUAGCACAUACAAAAAUUAAGGAAGAAGUUGUUUAUUAUGAAAUUCAAUAUUUAUCUUGCUCUUCUCGAGUGACCGACAGUGAAAGAAAAAGCACUGUCAGAAGACACAACCAGAACUACAAUAAUCAAAUAAUGGCACAGGCCAAAAAGGAUCAAAAGCUUGAAACGAGGCGAACGAGACGACAUCUUACAUGUAAACACGUAAAUCAGGAUUAUAGAAUUAUCGAUAACCAAAAAAAGAAAAAAAUAUUAGAAAGUAAAAGAGCGAAAUACCAAGCUUUGGACGAAACAAGCAAACAGGAAUUGUUAAAAAAAGAGAGGAAUCAUUACAAGGAACGGAAACAAAAAUUAUUACAAAACAAAAGAACGAAAUACCAAACUUUGGACGAAACGAGCAAACAGGAAUUCCUAAAAAAAAAUUGGAAUCGUUACAAGGAACGGAAACAAAAAUUAUUAAAAAACAAAAGAACGAAAUACCAAACUUUGGACGAAACAAGCAAACAGGAAUUGCUAAAAAAAAGAGAAAUCGUUACAAGGAACGGAAACAAAAAUUAUUAG